AUAAUUUUAAUCCAAUGACUUUUAAUUUAAUAUAAAUAAAUAUAUACUUGAAUUUAAUAAAUAUACGUAGUGCAAAUCGCCCAGCAACGAAUGUGGAAAUGGCGCGGUCAACAACAAAUUCUUCAAAUAUCCUAGAGAGGUUUAGUGGGACAACCACAUCUACAACGACCACUCCCACCAACAAUGUCAUCGUGGUUGCGAAAUCUAACAACGGCAACAAACGACCACCGAUCAUCAUUUAUCCCACUGUGACGCCCGAGUCGAUAGUGGUGCCGAUUGUAUCGUGUAUAUUUGGCUUUCCAUUAUUGGCGUUAACAGUUAUAUGUUGCUUGCGGCGGAGAGCGAAAUUGGCAAGGGAACGUGCCCGUCGUCGUAAUUGCGAAUUAGACAGGGGUGAGUUGUCCGUCGUGAGACUGUCCCCAGUAAAAGCCAGGCCUCGUGCCGUCAGUCUCAUCAGAUCGCCUCGACCACCGCCUACGUUAGAACUGGACACUGUCCUGGAGGAACGAUCGGAUCCGGAACAAACAACACUCUCACAAAUUGAGAUAACACCAGACCGAGAAGUGGGUUCAAUUUUAUUCAGCACGAUUGGAGCUGUAGGUAGCGCCGCUGUAUCCGCAGCUACCUGUGCGCGAGACAGCUAGCGGCGGGGCUCAGCGCAGCUCGGCGCGCGCUCGCCGCUCUGGGCUGCGCUGACAAGCCAAGCCAUCGACGAUGACGUAGAAGACGUCCCCGAUACGGACAGCUAGCAGAUACAAGAUGAUCACUCCAUCGCCGACAUCGGCGAACGAAUGAAACUCUUUCUGGACAUUCCACUUAGAUUUUAGUGGACGUGCAUCCAAAGAACUCAAUUGUGAAUAACGCUAUUGCGAGAGUGAACGGAGUCUUUUUAUAUAAUUAAGUGAAAUUGACUAAUACAUAGUAUUAAAGUGGUGGACAAAUUAUAAUUAUAGGUAAUUAAAUUAACCAACAUCGAGUAUUAAAAAAACUAUACGACCAUCAAAUUUAACGUGCUUUAGUAAAUGUUCAUACGAAAUAAUAUAUGAUUAUUUAUAUAUAUUAACGAAAUAAGAUGUAAAAAAUCAUAUCAUAUAUCAAAGACGGUCAAUACUUAUAAUAAAUUGUUAAUAAGAUGGAAAGAAGUAUUUUCGCCGCAGGGUGCCUCUUUUAUUAAAGCUGGCCCUUGAGGAAGUUUCAUUUAUCUUCAAAGUUUCGCAAUGUUGAAAUGAAAAGGUGAAUUUUCAAAAAUAUAUAAGAAAUAUUUUUGUUAUUCUG